GCAGUUUGUUGGCGUUUUGCUGGGAAAUUGGAAUGGAAACGAUUUAUUUUGUAUCCCGGCGCAUGAACAAGGCAAGAAAAGAUCAUUUGACGAAAAUUGCAAACAAAAGCGGAUUUUUCAAAGUUACUACUGACGUUCGACACACAUGGUGUAUUCAUACACCUCAUGCUCACUGUCGAGUUAUAACAUGGAUGUCUUCUUCUACACCAGACACACAUGGUGUAUUCAUACACCUCAUGCUCACUGUCGAGUCUUUUUACACUUAUAUACAAACAGAGAAGCAUCCAUUGUUAUAUCACAAGAAAGCAAUAGAGAAGAAAUUGUAGAAUAUUUAAGAAAGAACAAACUGAUAACUGAUGAUGUCACAAUGGUAAAUGAUGAUGUCACAAAGCAGUUUGUUGAUGUCUCAUGGUUCGUUGCUUGUAUGAAGGAGAAGUCCCUCCUGCCGAUGGAAAAACAUCAUAAACUACAGUUCAAGAAAAGUAUCGAAGAAGGGGUUUCCCCUUCCAAGAAACCCAGGCUGGAUGAGAAGACAAGGAUGACAAUGUACGCUUGUCAGCGAACAACUCCUCUUGUUCAUUAUAAUCAACAGUUCACGGAUGCAUUAGAAAUAUUAGAGGAAAAUGCACUUUACCGAGGUGAUUCAAACGCAGAAGCAAGAGCUCUUUCUUUUCGACGUGGUUCCGCUUCAUUGAAGGCGUUACAUCACAAAGUCACUCAUGUGGAACAGCUGGCGAAUAUACCGUAUGUGGAUUCAACGAACUCAAGCAAAAUCGGGCAUUGUAAGAAAGUCAUUAAGGAAAUCUUAGAGGAAGGAUUCUCUGAUGAAGCGGAGGGAAUUGCCAACAGUGAGUUUUAUAAAAGUAUGAAAAUAUUCUGCGGCAUCUUUGGUGUGGGCCCGAACACAGAAAGGAAGUGGUUUUAUAAUCUGAAGAUGAGGACCUUGGAAGAUGUGAGGAAGGAGAAUGUUCAUUUGAACAAAGAUCAAGCUGUCGGCUUCAAAUAUUAUGAGGAUCUGAAUGAACCAUUGCUACUGGAGGAAGCGAAUCAUAUUGCUAAGCUUGUACAAGAUACAUGUGUUGCACUUAGAAAAGACACAACAGUGACUGUGGUAGGUGGGUUCAGACGGGGUAAAACUAAAGGUCAUGACCUGGAUCUAAUGAUCUCCCACCCAAUUGAAGGAAAGGAGGAAGGGUUGCUUGGUUUAAUAUUGGACCAGCUGAAGGAGCAUUUCGUUUACACCGAGAAAAAAGGAUCGAUCAAAAAAGUCACAACCCCUUCAGAUUCGAAGAAUACGAUGGACCACUUUGAAAAAUGUUUCAGUAUUUUUAAGUUCCAGCCUCAAUGGGUGGGAAGGUCAUGCCCAUCAGGUAAAGGUUGGACAGCAAAGCGAGUGGACUUGAUAGUUGUCUCCAAGUCUCAGUUUGCGUUUGCUGUAUUAGGAUGGACAGGAACCAAGCAUUUUGAGCGGGAAAUUAGAAGAUAUGCGAGAUCGGAAAAAAAGAUUGUUCUCACAAGUCAUGGGAUGUAUGAUUUAGAUAUGAAGGAAAGUUAUGCUGCUGAAACGGAAGAAGAUAUUUUUAAUAAACUUGGUUUAAAAUAUCUACCUCCAAAUGAACGCUGUUGUUGAUUGAUUAUUUGUGAACUACAAUAUAUAUAAUAGCUUCAGCAACUCGACCGUGGGCAUGGAAGUGGCAACCAUGGAUAUGUCACUCAAGUUCCCACCCAAGAGAAUAUAAAUGACCAAACC